GUGGGUGGAGUAACCUGAAAACGCUUCCGGCGACUAGCGGCAAUUGAGUUGUUGGUGAGCGGCGGGUUCCCGUCCGCGGCCCGCCGACGGGCGACUGGACGCCCUCGUCCAGCGGUGCAGCUUUGCCUGAGUUCAAAAUGAACUAUAUGCCCGGGACCGCCAGCCUCAUCGAGGACAUCGACAAAAAACACUUGGUCCUACUUCGUGAUGGAAGGACACUGAUAGGUUUUUUAAGAAGCAUUGAUCAGUUUGCCAACUUAGUGCUGCAUCAGACCGUAGAGCGCAUUCAUGUGGGCAAAAAGUACGGUGAUAUUCCUCGAGGGAUUUUUGUGGUCAGAGGAGAAAAUGUGGUCCUACUCGGAGAAAUAGACUUGGAAAAGGAGAGUGACACACCCCUCCAGCAAGUGUCUAUUGAAGAGAUCCUAGAAGAACAGAGGGUAGAACAGCAGACCAGACUGGAGGCAGAGAAGCUGAAGGUUCAGGCCCUUAAAGAUCGGGGCCUCUCCAUCCCUCGAGCAGAUACUCUGGACGAGUACUGAGUCCUGUGCUCUAGAGAGCAAGGGCUCUCACCCGUCACCGUUCA